AUGGACGACCAGGCUCCCGAUGGCUACACUACAUGCACAUUGCUACCGGCAUCAAUACAGGAGUUGGUCGAGAACACGUCCAUUCCUGUUCCCGGGCGCGACAUUGGAGGGAACGGCAUGCCGAUCAGCAGCGGCUCUGCAAAACUCGGCGAGUGGAAAGAGAGGCUGAGAAGGCUGGAGGCUCUCGUCCGAGUGGCAGUCUGCCACUUCAUCAACCCGGCCGAUUUGUCAGGAACACUGCCGGCCGCUUCCCGUGAUGGUGGGAGCGUGGCUGCGCUCCCGUUCAUCCACCGACAAAAGACCAGAGUCUUCCAGUCAUCCCAGUCAGCCAUCGCCGCGCUAGAGCCCCCGAUUGGGCAUGGUUUGGAAAAAUCAAAAAGAAAGCCAGAUGCUACGGGCCCUGUAAGACGCCGUCAUCGUAGUAGCAUGCCCAGUCUGCGGUACGCCCGUUGCGCCGCCGUCCGCGACGGCGUGCCAUUUCUCUUUAGCAUCCCGGAAGCGGCUUCUGGCCUGGCUUUCUCUUCGCCAGGCCGCCCAUGCUCGUUGUCCUCAUGCAGCAUGGCGCGCCGUGACGUGCCCACCGUGUCCGCGGGGGAACACGAUGGUGGAAUCUACUCUUAG